AGACGAUAGUUCUUUAAGAUUUCUCCUCCGCCCUGAGCAGACAGCCUCUCGCUCUCUCUCACAGGCUCGCUGCUGCUCUGAUCUUCCCUUAACAACAGUCACGUCAUAGGGGAGUUUUGUCAAGCGGAGCUGCAGCGAGAGUUUUAGAGGGUUCAGCAGAGGCAGCAAAGCAUCCACGCAACCUGCGUCCGACACGAGAUCCAAUUUUCUUACUUUGUCACAGCCAGACCAGUGAAGACAUGGAACACCAGCUGUUUUGCUGCGAAGUGGAUACCAUAAGAAGAGCUUACCAAGAUACCAACCUGUUGAAUGACCGAGUUUUACAGACAAUGCUCAAAGCAGAGGAAAACUAUCUACCGUCACCAAAUUAUUUCAAGUGUGUUCAGAAAGAGAUUGUACCUAAAAUGAGGAAAAUCGUCGCCACAUGGAUGCUCGAGGUCUGUGAAGAGCAGAAAUGUGAAGAGGAGGUUUUCCCAUUGGCUAUGAACUACCUGGAUAGAUUUUUAUCCGUGGAGCCCACCAAAAAGACCCGGUUACAGCUGCUAGGAGCAACUUGUAUGUUUUUGGCCUCCAAAAUGAAAGAGACUGUGCCACUAACAGCAGAGAAGCUCUGCAUAUACACGGACAACUCUAUACAUCCCAGCGAAUUAUUGCAAAUGGAACUGCUGGCGCUAAAUAAACUGAAGUGGGAUCUAGCCUCUGUGACACCACACGAUUUCAUCGAACACUUCCUCACCAAACUGCCAAUACAUCAGAGCACCAAGCAAAUAGACCUACUACGCAAGCACGCCCAGACAUUUGUGGCUCUCUGUGCAACAGAUGUAAAAUUCAUCGCAAGUCCUCCCUCCAUGAUCGCAGCUGGCAGUGUUGCAGCAGCGGUGCAGGGGUUGUACCUGAAAACCAGCGAAAGUUCCCUCUCGUCCCAGAACCUUACCAAUUUCCUUUCACAGGUUAUACGAAGUGACCCCGACUGUCUGCGAUCGUGUCAGGAACAGAUCGAGUCCCUGUUGGAAUCUAGUCUCAGACAGGCUCAACAGCACAACAUAUCCACAGAGACCAAACAAGUGGAGGAGGACGUGGACCUCUCUUGCACUCCUACAGACGUCAGAGACAUUAAUAUCUGAACGGAUCACUUCUCAUCUCUUGAUCGAUGAAUCUUUGUUUCUGUUGGGUAUGGGCUUUGGCCAAAGGCUUCAUGGCAAAAGAGGGAAAAUGGGCUCCCACCUGCACCCCACCACCCGACCAGUACCUCGACCAGUUGCCCCCCAUUUUGCCCUAACCGUUGACUUCUGAGAGGCAUCCACACCGAUGGUUUUGAUGAUUGGGCCAUCGCCAGCCAGUACCACCAGUGGAGGACAGGGAAUGAACGGAAACCCAGCUCUCUCUUUUGGCCCCUCUUUACAUGUCUUAAUUCAAAAAUGAAAAGACAGAAAAAUUGUAUAGGCUAACUAGGGUUUUAAAAUUUUUAUAAAUGACAACAGUAGUUGUGACUGGCCUCAACUUGGUCAUUAAAAAGACCAAGUGAGGUAUAUUUCUAUUUCAAGUGGGUCAGAAACAAUUUUUGAAAGAGAAGAGACAUUUCUUGUAUGUUUGAUUGCUUUCCCUCAUGGAUAGUACGUUGUUACACUUGCCAAGAGUGCGCUCUGCUUUUUCUGCAGACUAGCUGUGUAAAUAUAUCCCGGCUUGCUAUGCGUUUAGUCACUUUAUUAUAACUCCUAGACAGAUUCCCUUACAAGAUUCUCUUCUCUUCCAAAAUGGUUUGUGUAACCUUAGCAUAUUUUUUUAAGCAUGUAUUAUUUGUUGCUAUGAUUUAGAAGGCUGUUGACUGCCAGGAGCUUGAAUCGUUUCCUUCACUGCCAUUAAUGUAUAACGUCAUCACUGCCAAUGACAAAAUAAGCUUAUCCUGGUACUCCCUGGCUAAGCUUAAGCGGAGCAUUCCACAGUCUACUUUUUGUUCAAAUUCACGUAUUAUAUAAAACCAUUCCAUUUAAAAAAAGAAAAAAAAGCACUUUCAGUCCGUCGUUUAAGGCUGACUUUUACAAAAAAAAAAAAAAAAAAAAGAAGAAGAAGAAAGAAAUCCGCAGUUGUUAAAACAAUGGGGGAAAAACAUGGAAUGGAGUAAGGGGUUGAUGGCAGACUCAUGUCUUGUCAGCAGCAUGGAGCAGGUCUCUUUAUCUAUGGUGUUAAUUGUCUGGAAGAGAAAUAGAGGGGGACAAUGAGAAGAUAGGUGCUCUUUUAAGGGUAAAACUAAGCUCACAGUGUACUAUUUCAGCUGUAUGCGCCUCUAUAGCUUCACAUGCAUUCAGAGUGAAAAAACUAAUAUGUUAUAUCAAAGAUUGAGAACUAUUUAUUUGUCCUGUUCCCCUCUUAAGGCCAGUUUGCAUGGAUGCCCAAAUGUACCUAUGUUUGAAAUAUGUGUAAUGACCCACUUAGACACCAUAGUUAAAGUAUUGAGUUGAUGUGCUCUGAUCUAGAAUUUGUAAAAAAGAAGAAAAAAAAAAAGAAAAAAGUUGUGGCUUCAAGUAGAUUUUGCACAAACCCAGAGAUGUCAGUUGUCUUGUGGAUCUCUGGAGGAUAAGAAUGGAGAGAUGUUAGUCUGCAGAGGGAGGCAAAAAAGGCGAUGGCUGGACAUCAAAGAGUUGAAAGCAGAAUGGAGACGUUGUAUGACAAAAGAGGAGAACCUGGGAGAAGACACUCCUCAUAUUUAGCUGCUAUGGAGGGAUUUCCAGCAAGUAUGAAACUUUUAAAAUGGAAAACAACAAAAAAGAAAAAGACAUGCUUCUUUCUAUUGUCUUGUUUUGCUGCUAUUUUGUUGGUUUUGUUUAUAUGAAAUGUCAAUACGAUGCCAUGUAAUAGGUUUUAAUUUUCUCAUAGAAAAUUAUGAUAUUAUUGACAACUUUUGGUUCUUUUUGGUAGGUUUUUUUUUUUUUUUUUUUUUUUUUUUAAAUGUGAUCAAUUUUUGUUAAUGUGAUUUCUACACUAUGCUAUUCCCAAAACAGACAAAAAAAGAAAAAGAAAAAAACAACAAAAAAAGCAGAAGAUAAAAAAAAAAGUAGACAAAUGUUCCUGUUAUAUCCACAAUACCUCAAACUACAGUUGUGAUUUAGCAUUGAUUUUAGUCUGGGAUUUUUCUUUAGUGCUAUUUUAUUUUAUUUUAUUUUUUGGUUUAUACCAUGCCUGUUAGUCCUGUUGUAAACUGCAAAUGAACAUGUUAAUCAUUAUCCUACUGGGUCCUGAUGCGAGUGAGUAGAAAGCACAUUGAAUGGAAUUGGUGCCAUAAACAUUGACUCUGAUUUUUUUUUUCUUUUUUUUUUAGCUGUUUCAUUAAAGGAGACUAUAUACCUUAAGCCUCUUAGCUUUUGUUUAAAAUGACACUGUUGUGAGUUUGUGACUGCCAUGUGUACUUACAAAGCCAUAGUUUUGUCUUGUAGUAAUUUAACACAAUGCAGACAAUAAUGUAUAAGCUGGCUAUCUUGUUCUGAAUACAGGAGGCUUGGCAUGUCCUCAAGUCGUUGUCUUUAAUAAAUGCAACGCAGCUACAAUCAGCAGUGAUGCUUCCCUUGAUCUUUUUAUUUCCAUUAACCCAUCAAAUUUAUAUCCAUGUUGUUUUUUACUUGGUCAUUUGUUGCUUGUUGAGAGGAAUCAGCAGUUUUCACCCUCUCUUUUUAGUUUCUCUUUAGCCUUUGACAUGGUGCUGCUAUAUGUUUGCAUUGAGACUGGAAAUGAUUUGUUGAAAGAGAUGUGGCUAUAAGCUAGAUAUGAUUGUAUGGGUGAUUCAGGACCCAGGGGACAUAAUUAUAUUAUCCUCUGUAAUAUCAGGAAUCUUUUGUACCUCAACUGAAUGAUAAAAACAAGCACGUACCGGUAUGAUUCAGUCAUGCUAUCAAGGGAAAGAGACUGUGUGGAGGUGAAGUUUUUGUCUCUGAAUGUGUUUUUAGGGGGAACUUAAGAUUGAUUGCAUCCACCCACACCCACAUUCUGUUGUAAAGUUUUUUUUUUAGUUCAAUAUGGUGUUCAUUCCCAAGGAUCGAACUAAAUGUGGUGUUAAUCCUCAAAUACAAUGUCGUGGUUUGGUUUUUGUUUAUUUUAUUUACAAACCGGUCACUGGUCUGAUAUGCACAAUCUUUACAUGCUGACCCAUCUUAGACAUGAGGUUAACUAGAAUAAAACUUGAGCUUCAGAAACCA